CCCCGCACUGCGCAUGCGCCUUCUUUGCCUCCCCUCUCGUCAGGGCCGUGUGGCCGUUACCUCACGGAGCCGUGAGCGGGGGGGGAGGGGGCGACAUGAGUGUGGGCUCCGUCUCCAAGGGCUGCUUUGUUUUUAAACCAAGUCCCAAGAAGAGAAAGGUGUCUCAAAAAACAGCUGACUACUUCAGGGAAGGAAACAGUGAUUCAGAGGAUAGCGAGUUACGGUUUGCUACUUGUCAGUCAUUAUGGAAACACGUGAAAUUGGAAACAGAGCAAAUAGAGGAAGAUUUGAAUACGCAGUUAUUUGAUAACCUCGUGAGUUUUUUGAGGAGGUCUCAUUCCGAGUUCCAAGAGAAGACAGCAGAAUGGAAUUGUCGGAUGAAGUCCAAAGAAAUCCCUACUGCAGCUCUUGUCUUAGGUGUAAAUGUUACAGAUCAUGACUUGACUUUCAGAAGUCUCUCAGAAGUCCUUCAGAAUAGAGUUACUCCUUAUGUAGCCUUGCUGCAGGCCAAAGAUUGCCCAGGCAUAAAAAACCUAAUGCAGAAGCUCUUGGGGCAGCUGAUGAACUGCUAUGUAGAUGUGGACUCAUCAGAGGAAGACGACUAUGUACAGACUUCCCACAAUAGAAUACGUUGUUCAAUGACUUCUCUAAUCACCUGGUAUGAAAGCGUAACAAAGAAAACAGAUUUUGAGACUCCAAGCAAAAAAAGAACUUCUUCCAGACACUGGCAGUCUCCUCCAGUUGUGGUUAUCUUCAAAGAUAUGGAAAGUUUCACCACAAAAGUACUUCAAGACUUCAUAGUUAUCAGCAGUCAGCAUAUCCGUGAAUUACCUCUAGUACUGAUUUUUGGAAUCGCUACAUCUCCAAUGAUUAUCCACAGCUUACUUCCUCACUCUGUUUCCUCUCUGCUGUGCAUAGAGCUUUUCCAGUCCCUUUCCUGUAAGGAGCACCUGUCUACUAUAAUUGACAAGGUUCUUUUAACAACCCAGUUUCCACUUAAACUGAGUGAGAAAGUUCUGCAGGUUCUCAUCAACAUAUUCUUGUACCAUGAUUUUUCUGUCCAGAAUUUUAUCAAAGGCUUUCAGCUCUGCAUUGUGGAGCACUUCUAUACCCAGCCUCUUAGUGUACUGUGUUGCCAUCAGGGAGAAUUAAAGAAGAGAAUAAAUUCUUUAUCACAUAAUCAGUGUGAAAACAUUCGAAGGCUGCCCUCUUUUAGAAGGUACGUGGAAAAUCAAGCAUCAGAGAAGCAGAUUGCACUGCUGACAACAGACAAUUUCUUAAAGGAAACAGUACAGAGGUUGCUGGAGGAUCUGAAUGUUUACCAUGAAAAUUAUUUUCCAGUUCUGCGAUGUCUUCAUGUUUUCACAUCUUCUCUCCCAAAGUAUCCUUUGGGCAAGCAGAUCAGGGAGCUGCACUGUGCAUGUUUGGAAAACCGUGUGUGGGAGACAGAGGAGUAUGAGUCAUUUCUUCAGCUAGCAAGGAUGUUGAAUAAGUGUGAUUUGGUAGCCAUGCUUCAAAAAUGUGUGGAAAUUCUUAUGUCAUCUCCUGGAAAGGAGUUUGAUAAGACAGUAGAGAAGUUGAAGGAGUUCUUGACCCAGUUUCAGAAACUAGAAGUAGCAGAAGCUUGCCAAGAACGAGAUGAGUCCGUAUCGUCACAAAAGGAGCUCCAGAAGAAGACAGACCUUUAUCAUCUUCAGAAGACUUUGUUGGAGUUGAAGGAAUCAAGGCGGUCUAAGAAACUGACAAAGUUUGAAAUGCUUCGUUUUGAAGUUGUUGACUAUAUAGACAGUGUUGUAAGAAAUUACCUUGUUCCUGCAGACCACAAGACGCUGCAUGAGAUAGUGUAUUUCAACACAGCCAGUGUUCUUCGUGAGCACUUGAACGCUGCCCCACGGGUUGCACUUCACACAGCUCUGAAUAACCCAUACUCCUACCUGAAGAGUCAAGCUUUGAGAAGCGAUGGAGGAAGCAUUUCUAAUAAAGCCCCUGACAUAUGCAUAGUCUACAAGCUUCAUUUGGAAUGUGGCAGAUUAAUCAAUCUCGUUGAUUGGUUGGAGGCUUUCUCAACUGUGGUGACGGCAGUUGAGGGACCAAAUGCAGAUGCACCUUCCUCAGACCAGGUGGAUGAUGUUAUCCACGCUCGUUUUAUUCGAGCAGUUUCUGAACUGGAACUCCUGGGUUUCAUAAAGCCUAGCAAGCAGAAAACCGAUCACGUGGCAAGGUUGACAUGGGGAGGCUGUUAAUGUGCCACCAGAACCUUAAUAAAGCUGUUCUUUG